GCAAUCGACAGUCCUGACGUUGCCAUGACGCAGCUCACUUCCUGUGAUCCAGAACUUUCGGAAAGACAACUGAUAGCACGAAUCUAAUGGCAAGCGCACGGAUCUUUUCUGAUGCCUUCGUAGACGAGGAUCCCAAGAAAGCUCUUGAGGAUCUGAAUGAGGCUUUGAAGGAGACAUCUGACAACGCAGAAUGGCUCUGCCAGCGAGCAUACGCCCACAUAUUACUUAAAAAAUACUGCAGGGCUGUUGAAGAUGCUACAAAGGCCCUUGAGCUCAAGUCUGAUUUUGCCCUUGCCUUCAUGAGAAAGGGAAUUGCUGAAUACCAUUUGAACAACUUCAAACAGUCACACGAGGCCUUUCUAGAAGGACGGAAGUUAGACGAUUCAGACAAAACCUUUGAAAUUUGGAUUAAACGUUGUGAAGAGAAGAUGGACCCUGAAAACCAGAAUGUAACACCUGACAAGCCUGCAGCACCAACUGUGAAGCACGACUGGUACCAGACAGAAUCUCAAGUCAUUGUCACAGUGAUGGUCAAAAAUGUCAGGCAGGAAGAUGUCCAGGUCAACAUUGACGAAAGAGAGCUGACUGCCACUAUAAAGCUACCAUCAGGUGAGGACUUCAACCUGAAGUUUCAUCUUCUGCACCCUGUAAUACCACAGCAAAGCACCUUCAAAGUCCUCUCCACCAAGGUGGAGAUUAAGAUGAAGAAAACUGAAGCCAUCAGGUGGGAGAAGCUGGAAGGUGAGGGGUCCCAGCCUAACGUGAAGCACUUCACACCAGACCAGUACCCCUCCUCCUCACAUUAUACUCGCAACUGGGACAAGCUUGUGGGGGACAUAAAGGAAGAGGAGAAGAACGAGAAGCUGGAGGGGGAUGCAGCUCUCAACAAGUUGUUCCAGCAGAUCUACUCUGACGGCUCCGACGAUGUCAAACGUGCCAUGAACAAGUCCUUUAUGGAAUCUGGAGGUACAGUCCUGAGCACCAACUGGACAGAUGUGGGCAGACGAAAGGUAGAAAUGAGCCCUCCGGAUGACGUGGAGUGGAAGAAGUACUGAGCCAUCCCCACGCUACUGCCACCCUCAUACGUAUUCUUUUUUUGGUCGACACGAUCAGUUACCAUGAUUCACCAUGCACUGGAACUCCCCUUGACCCAUUUCUGUCUCUCUUGGAAAAUAUUCUUAGCAAUAUUGUACAUUUCCGCAAUGCGGUGAAGAAGGAAGACGAAGGGGUUCUCUGUGGAUCAUCUCUGAGUGCCGCUGUCGUCCAGACAGGUUUAAAAUCUUUUAUUAAAGCUGACCUUUUUUGCA